AUGGAUGUCGUUAAAGCAGUUGAAACCUACGUGACAAGGCUGGUAGCCGAACCUUCCUGUAUGAAAGUACUUCUAUUGGAUGCACAUACGACACCCAUAGUAUCACUUGCAUCUACUCAGUCAACACUACUAUCCCAUCAAGUUUAUCUUACAGACCGAAUAGACAAUGCAAAACGUGACCGCAUGCCUCAUAUGAAGUGUGUUUGUUUUCUGCACAUCGGCCCAGCUAGUUUGGAAGCUCUAGAAGCAGAACUCAGAGAGCCCAAAUACGGGGAAUACUACCUGUACUUCAGUAACAUUCUGUCGAAAACGAUGAUCGAGCGUUUAGCUGAAGCAGACGAAUAUGAAGCAGUGCGAGAGGUCCAGGAACAUUUUGCAGAUUAUGCACCUCUAUUACCGUGCUUAUUCUCCUUAAACCACAUGCCGACCGUGUCGAAACCAUUAUACGGAUCAUCGCCCUCGACUUGGGACUCAGAUGCUUUGGAACGCUCUGUUGAGGGCAUCACCGCCGUCUUAUUGAGCUUGAAGAAGAAACCGGUGAUUCGCUACGAGAAAAUGAGCGCUAUGGCGAAGAAGUUAGCUGGAGAAGUCCAGCACCGUAUACAAACCGAAACAACGCUAUUCGACUUCCGCCCAACUCAGGUUCCACCUCUGUUACUCAUACUAGAUAGGAGAAAUGACCCUGCCACACCGCUACUCACGCAGUGGACGUAUCAGGCUAUGGUGCACGAGUUACUGGGUAUCCAGAACGGGCGUGUCAACCUAGGUCUUGUCCCUGACAUAAGUCCGGAAUUAUCUGAAAUUACAUUGACGACAAGCACCGAUAGUUUUUUUCAAGCUCAUCACCUCGCCACAUUCGGUGACUUAGGGACUUCGUUGAAAAAUUAUGUUCAAUCUUACCAAUCUCGAUCUUUGGCCCAUUCACCUGCCGCAAUCAACUCGAUUUCUGACAUGAAGCGAUUUGUUGAAGAGUAUCCUGAAUUUAGAAAAUUAGGUGGAAAUGUGAGCAAACAUGUUGCACUCGUCGGGGAGUUGAGUCGUUUGGUCGGGAGAGAUAAACUACUUGAGGUCGGAGAAGUAGAACAGGGAUUAGCAACGAGUGCUGGUGCUGACUUCAAGGAAGUUGAGGAUCUCAUCAAGGACGACUCUGUCACUGUCAGCCAUAAACUACGUUUGGUCAUCCUUUAUGCUUUGCGUUAUCAAAAGACUCAAACGAAUAACAUUGCUACGCUGAUCAAUCUCAUGCUGGCGCAUGGAGUGACCCGUGAAGAUGCGCAACUAGUUUAUGUUUUUUUAAAUAUCGCAGGAUCGGAUCAACGUCAAGAUGACCUAUUUUCUACGGAGUCACUUCUCGCUAAAGGCCGUUCUGCUCUGAAAGGCUUGAAGGGGGUCGAAAAUGUCUAUACUCAACAUACGCCUCACCUUUCCCAAACAUUAGAAAGUCUUUUAAAGGGCCGACUGAAAGAAACGAGUUACCCUUUUGUCGAAAGUCCCGGACCGAACGCUAGUUUACAAAGACCUCAGGACGUAAUAAUAUUCAUGAUAGGAGGAACAACUUAUGAGGAGGCUAGAACCGUAUCACUUCUCAACCAGCAGACGGGUUCUUCAAGCGGAACAUCCACUCCGACUGCAGCAGGUACACGGGUACUUCUAGGUGGAACUUGCGUCCACAAUUCGUCGUCAUACCUGGAAAUGGUUCGCGACGCCGCAACGAAGUUCCCGUCCUCAGUCCACCAACCUCCCCCGGAGUCGUCUUCAAAUGCUCCAAUUCUGAAUCUCAAUCUAGGAGGUGUGAACGUGAGUCUUGGAGGGGCAAGCACUGGUGUUUAUCGCACCAGCAGCGAUGCUGUUGGUGUUCAGGCAGAUGGUAUCCGGGACGGUGUGAUGAAUCUGAUAGGAAAAGUCAAACAAGGAGUGGACCGUAUAGGAAUACAGUAA